AUGGGUGUCACUUUACCUACUGUUGCAAGCUACCAAAAUCGACUUGCAAUUGUCAAUAGCAGUACGACUAUGACUCAGUACAAGAAACAAUGCAAGGAAAUGGGAAUUUGUGGACCCUCUCUUUUCAGUGCCCUACCCAAGUCACUUCCAUGUCCGAAAUUAUUCCCUCCAGAUCUCAUGCAUCUUAUCUACAAUACUGGGCAGCUCAUGCUACAGCUAUUCUGGGGAACCAUUGAUCAUAAUAAGGUCUCCAACAAGCCCAGUAACUGGGAUUUCGCAAUAUUGUAUCAUUCUGAUGAUUUUGCCACAUUUGGAAAGGCUGUUGAGCAUGCUAGCCACUUCAUCCUGACCUGCGUUGAAGAUUGUGCUUCUUGCAACCCUGCCGAAAAAAUCAACAGUGGCUACAAGGCUCUGGAGUAUCAUAUACUGAUAUUCAGGCUUUGCACUGGGCUUUUCUAUGGACAAAUGCCUCCCUACCUCUACUGUCAUUUCUGUCCACUUGGCUCUGCUAUCUGUAUCAUCCACCGACGCCACAAAUCAAAACAAGACCUUCUUGGUGCAUGCAAAAAUCUCGCAGAAUUUGUCGUUCUAUAUGAACACUAUUACUAUCAGCACAAGAUGAAUCACCUCCAGUUUGUUCGGCCCUGUAUACAUCUUCUCCUUCACCUGAUUGACAAAACCUUCCGUGUUGGCUCCCUGACUGAACUCUCCCAGUGGACAAUGGAAAGGACUAUCAGCAAUUAUGAGCACCGGAUUCAACUUGACACAAACCCAUAUGGUAAUCUUGGUCAAGAAAUCAUUGAACAAGCUAUGGUCAAUGCCCUUUUUGCAAUGGACUCUUUGCUCCGCUAUCACGAUAUAAAUUGGAAAAGACCUUAA